AUGGCUGAAGAUUCUGAGCUAUGGGAUGUCAUAUGUGAUGGACCCUUUGUCCCUACCAAAAACCUUGGCGACCCACCUGUAGCUAUUCCAAAGACAAGGAAAGAAUUCAUUGAUGCUGAUAGAAAGGCCAUAGAGAAGAACUUUCGUGCAAAGAAAAUUCUGGUGUGUGGUAUUGGUCCUAAUGAAUACAAUAGGAUAUCGACAUAUCAGUCAGCCAAAGAAAUCUGGGAAGCCCUUCAGAUAGCUCACGAAGGAACAACACAGUUCAAGCAAUCCAAAAUCGACAUGCUCACAACUGAAUACGAGCUCUUCAGGAUGAAAGACGAUGAAUCUGUUCAAAAAAUGCAUACCCGGUUCACCGCCAUCAUUAAUGAGCUUCACUGCCUUGGUGAAACUAUUCCAAGAAACAAGCUGACAGAAAGCAAUGGUUCAAGUGAUGAGGAUGGUGAUAUGGCAUACCUGACAAGAAGAUUCCAGAAGAUGGUUCGCAGGAAUGGAGGCAUCCCAAAAAAGGGAAGUUCUAGCAAGCCAAAGAAUUACGACCUUUGUCAUAAAUGUGGCAAGCCAGGACAUUUCAUCAAGGAUUGCCCUCUAAAGCAGGAUCAGUACCAGAACAACUCUGACAAAGCAGCCAAAAGGAACCCGGUUCCUGAUAGACGCUUCAAUAGAAAAAACGCCACUGACAACGUCGUGAGACAAGCUCUUGCUGCAUGGGGAGAUUCAUCAAGUGAAUCUGGAGAAGAUGAUGAACCAGGCAAUAGCUCUAUGAUGGCAGUAGAAAGUGAAGCAACCAAGUAUGAUUCAAUUUUUGCUUUGAUGGCCCAGUCUAAUGAUGAAGAUGACGAUGAUGAUGAGAAACUCAUGUCUUUGGCAAAUGUGUUAAUCCGCGCUUAUCAUAGUCUUAUAAAUGACAAAGAUGCCUUAACAAUUGAACUAGGAGAAGCAGAACAGUCUAGAGAUGACCUAGUAAUAGGUGCAGUUGAUUUAAUGGAGUUAAUUAAGAACCUGAAGAAAGAAAGAGAUGUCUUAAAUAAAAAAAUUGCAUAUAUAGAACAAGAAAGAGAUGAUUGUAUGGCUGUUAUGGUGGACCUAAACGAGACCAUCGAGAGUGUAAGUAUGAAAAAAUAUGCCUUAAUUGAAAAAGUUGCUAGUAGUGAGCAUGAGAGAGAUGACCUCCUAGUGGUGGUAAUGGAUUUGAAGAAAACGAUUGGGGAGCUUGAAAUGGAGAGUAGGCCUAAAGGUUCUCAAAAAGGAAAGGAAGCCCUGCAAGGAGGGAGUGUAUCCUUUGGAAAUGGCAAGAACGGAUACAUUCUAGGAGUCGGAAGGAUUGGGAAGUCUCUCUCUCACUCAAUUGAAAAUGUGUACUACGUGAAAGGGUUGAAGUACAGCCUACUAAGUGUUUCCCAAAUCUGUGACAAGGGAAACAAGGUGGAAUUUGUGUCAAAAAUCUGUACAGUCACAAACCUGGUAACUGGUGAGGUGGUGCUAGUGGCAAAAAGAUACAAGAACAUCUAUGUAGUUGAUUUUGAGUCUCUGAAGAAUAGUGAUCUAAGUUGUCUAAGUGAUGUUGACGAUGAUGCUGAAUUAUGGCACAGGAGGCUAGGUCAUGCAAGUUUCACGUUGUUAAAUUAA